AGCACUUCCUAUAGCACUGGAAGGCUGUGAGUUCCAAGGCUCACUCUAGAAUUGAACUUACCUAAGUCUGCAGUUAGCUCCAUUAAAAUGCUGAAAAAAGGAAGCUCCUUGGAGGACUCCGUUUUUCUUUCUGAAAGUCACAACAGCUUCCGAAAAUCAAGUAAUGACACACCGGCCAGUCCUACAGAGAGUGUCGGAUCAGUAUUUUUAAGUUCAGAUGGAGAAAAUGGAACAGAUGAGAAAAGAAGGGCUGGAAAAUCACCCACUGUGUCGCUGCAGACCUCUACCAGUGAAAUGGAGUAUUUUGAUGACCGGAAAAAAGUUGAUGUUGCUAGGACCAAGAGCAGCACAGAUAGUCCAGUCCUGACAAUCAAGAGUGACUCCAAGAUUGAAAGGAAAAAACGUGCCUCAAAUCAGCUGAAGGCAAAUGCACACUUUCAUAAGCUGUUUCUAGACGUUCCCAUUGAUGAGCCUCUGAAACAAAGCUUUACCUGUGCUCUGCAGAAAGAAAUUCUGUACCAAGGAAAGUUAUUCAUUUCUGAAAACUGGAUUUGCUUCCAUUCCAAGGUUUUUGGCAAGGAUACUAAGAUUAGUAUACCUGUGCUGUCAGUGACACUUCUGAAGAAAACCAAAACUGCCCUUCUUGUGCCAAAUGCUCUGAUCAUAGCAACAAUGACAGAUAGGUACAUGUUUGUCUCACUGCUCUCCAGAGAUACGACCUACAAGCUAUUAAAAUCUAUCUGUAGACAUCUUGACGAUACAAGCAUGGGCAACAGUCCAAAUCCCUCUUCUGCAGAAAACAGCUUCAGGGCUGAUCGCCCUAGAACUCUGCCCCUGGAUUUCACUGAAGAUUAUUCUGAUCUGGAUGGAAUAGUGCAACAGCGAAGACAAGAGAUGGAAGAGUCCAGCAGCACAGGCUCACAGACACCAGAGCUGGAAUGCUUUCAAGAUUAUCACAUAGUUGAAACAGAGACUCACUUAAAAGUUUCCAAGCCUGAGGCCAAGUCUGUUCGUUCAGAUGCACAUAGUAAACGUGGGCCUGAUGGAAAAGCCCGAAACAGUCCUCGAAAUGGCCACUCUGAAGCCUUCAGGUUCCUCCACAAACUGAAGUCCCAGAAGCUCUUAUCUCUGAACCAUGUACUUGUAUUUUAUGCAAUUCUCGUUUGUGUUUUAAUACUUUCUACCUUCUACAUGAGAUAUAAAAUUAGCAUCCUGGAAGAACGCCUUAUGUCCAUGACAGCUUUUGAUUCACAUAUUAAGGAACAUCAAGUGCACCAAGAUUUAGGAUCUCACCUGCAAAUUAAUGCUGAUGCCUUUUGUGAUGAGUUAACUGCUAAUCUUAGAAAAUUGGAAAAGAUACAGAACAACUUACAAAAGCUACUUGAAGAUGGUGAAUGAAACAUCAAUGUUCUUGGACUGCUUCAGACCUCGUUCUUCUGUCUUGACAAACUGCUCCAAAGGAGCUCUGCUGGCCAGAGUUCAAGCUUCUUUAUUUUCAGUCCAAGCCAAGCUUGAUCUACUGUAAGGCUCAUGUCAUCAUGCAAAAAAGUCAGUUGAUUCUUCAGCAUGCAUCUAUAUAUUUUGAAAACAUAGAUGUAGAUCAAACCGUAUGUCUAUGUUCUAAAAAUGAGGGGAUUUUUCUUUAUUGCGUGUGAAUUAAUGGAUUUUAUAGCUUGCUUGAUUUUAGAGUUGCUUACACCAGUGCAAACCUGGUGCAUAUUCUUUUACCUCAACAUUUACUUUAUGCUUAUUGUCAUACAAAUACAAAUGUGAAGAUGUCAGUCAUCAUUCAUGUACUGAAGUUUUGUGUGAAUGAGCACAUAUCUGUUUUAGCUAUAAUUAUGGAUUGGUGCUGUGCUCUUCAUUUUUACUUACUUCUCUGCACCCUGACAUCCCAAAGAUCAGAAAACAGACACCUUUGUGUUUGGGGAUGCAAAGUCGUGAAUGUUUGAGGUCUGCUCAGUUCUCCAGUGCUGUAAAAAGGCUCAAUUCCACUUUCUGUGACACUGUAUCACCACUAAGGGUAAGGUCUGUUUCUACUGGCAUUCAGGUUCCAUUGAAGUCAAGCCUGUAAUCUGUAUGGACUUGCCAAUUUACAGUCAAGUUGCUUAUGAAUAGCAAUAUGGAUGUGACACACCUGCACAACUUAGAAAAAUUGCUUGUUUUCUGUCCACUCAUAUGGUCUCUGUCCUUUAAGUUAAUCAGUAUGAAGAUCCUCAGUCAACUUUCCUUGGAGUUGCAUGGGGUUUUGGUUGGCUGAGCAAGUGCAAUUUGGAGUCCAGUAAAUGGAAAUCUAGUCUUGGUAUGUGACUCCAGGGACUGGAUAUUUCCACAUAAUGAGAACUGGCAAAUUAAUGGUGCAGCAAUACAAACAAUCAGUAGAAUGAAUGAAAAAGUGGACACCUGCUUUAUUAUAUCACAUACUGUUUUUUUCCUGGAGUGCCUAAGAUGGGGAUUUUUAGCUUUCUGAUUCACCAAGCAGGCUCAUUAGUUUUUAAAAAGCAAUAUUUAGGAUAAUAACUACUAUCUGUGAAGUAACAGUAUUGUUUAUAAUAUGCUAUGCAUUUUAUAACCAUUUCUGUGAAAUGUACCUACUUUGUUUAAAUAAACUUUUUUAAAACAA